AUGGACCAAGCUAAGAAGACAAACCUGUUGGUUGCUUUGAUUAUUGGUGGUGUGCUGCUUUCCUUGGGGAUUCUAUCAGCUGUCGUCUGGUAUUUUAUUUCAACUUCCAACUGUAUACCCUGUGGAAAGAGUGAUGGAUGUGUGAGUCCGUCACAUUGGUGUGAUGGGAUUCCUCAGUGCCGUUAUGGCGAGGAUGAAGAAUGCUUUCUGUUAGCAAACUCAACUUUUGUGCUUUAUGCCAAAUCUGUGGACUAUGGCUGGCGGCCAGUAUGUCAUGACCAUUGGAAUGCGGAUCAUGGAAAGCAAGUCUGCAACAGGAUAGGUUACUCCAGGAACAGCUACUCCUAUUAUGGAUCAACCUCAGCAAGCACAGUUGAAUCUUCAGAGUUCCUGAUGCUGAAUGAGACUUUAUCAACAAUAUAUACGUACCAAAAGCUAAGCAUCAGCCAAAAUUGCUCUUCUGGGUUGCUGGUCACAUUACACUGCAUAGGUUGUGGAGCCCGCAUGUACGACAGAAAUGUUUCUGAACGAAUAGUUGGUGGACAAUUGGCAGCACCAAAGGAAUUCCCAUGGCAGGUCAGCCUUCACUUGAACAACCGUCAUAUCUGUGGGGGAUCCAUUCUCACACCCUACUGGGUGAUUACAGCUGCACAUUGCGGAGAAAGGCAUCCCUUCCCUUCCAACUGGCUUGUGUAUAGUGGCAUUCUACAACAAACUGCAACACAUGUCGUAAAUCCACACUCUGUAGAUAAAUUUAUCACCCAUGAAAAGUUUAACAAAGUAAACAAAGAUUAUGACAUAGCAUUACUGAAGCUAAAAAGUCCCUUCAUGCUUUCAGAUUCGAUAAGACCAGUAUGUUUGCCAAAUUAUGGGCAAACCUUUCCUACCGGGUCCAUUUGCUGGAUUUCUGGAUGGGGAGACCUGUGGGAAGGAGGGCCUCCACCAGACUCUCUACAGUGGACCACAGCGCCCCUAAUUACUUAUGAUGAUUGCAAAAAAUUGUAUUUUGAUAUUAUCACACCUCGCAUGCUGUGUGCUGGUUUGGAAGAGGGUGGACAUGAUGCUUGUCAGGGUGACAGUGGUGGCCCACUAACUACAAAGCAGAAGUCACUCUUCUGGUUAGUUGGUGUCACAAGCUGGGGAUACGGAUGUGCCAGAUUUGGGAAGCCAGGAGUGUAUGUGAAGGUCACAACAUUAUUGGACUGGAUUUACCUGCAGUUCAAGAUUCUCCGUAACACCGCCGGAAAAAAGAACAAAGCGAUCCAUUUUCUUUUGCCUGAGACCUGCAAUGUGCCAAACAACGCUAUCACAGUCACUGGCUAUGUCCUGUGCCACCAGCAGAACAGACCCAGCAACAAUGGCCGUCCUCCACGUGGUGAGCAGGAACUGUUGCUGAGGACGAUUAACAAGGGGUCGGAAGGUGCACCAACACAGGUGUACGCAAACACUGAUCCUGAUACCUUUUUGGUGGGUCCACUUAUGUAG